UCUGCAAUCACGUAAUUGUUGAAUGGUGAUGGGCACAACACUUACCUCAGGCCUAUACUCAGCAGGCCAGGGUAUCCGAGAAUAACCAAAGGCUUCGGAUUGCAUGCAGUGAGGGAUAUAUUCAGGUCUUCCUUUAUGUAACUGCAUAUGUCAUUACUGUGAAUAUACACACCAACAGUUAAGUGGGAUCAGGAUUGUCAUGGUAAUUUUGAUGUCGGAUGGGCAUCUAAAACUGGAUAUCUAUUAAGAAAGUCAUCUGAAAUCUGGGAGUCUGAACAUGGCGGAUGCGCAAGUAAAAGAUGUAAAUCCUAUUAUCGAUGGGAUUGAACUCGAGACGUACGAACCCGCCAAGGGGAGCGUCUUCCGUCAGCCUGAGGAUGCCGAUACGGGAUCCAUCGGCACCGAGUUCCAUCCCGAAGAUCGGCGACAGAACUCGAGGAAAAAGACCCUGCUAAAAGGUUUCAUUGCGGUGGCAAUCGUCGUCGCCAUCGUCGUCGUAAUCGUCUGCCUCGUCAUCUUUCUGGGUCCAGAAGUCAAAGGGUCCCCAACAUCGGCACCAACAAGGGCUACACCAACAGGAACUACAACAUUAACCCCUACUGGUACCGUUAUUCCUACUAUCAUACCUGGGGUAUCCAUUGGUGAUGUGAAUAUCGAAAUGACAGCCACCCUGAAUGGAGUUGAUUUUAUGCCAGAAUUUAAUGACCCCUCAUCUACUGAAUACAUGGAGUUUGUGAGCAAGGCAGAAGCCGAGAUUAUGAACGGGCUACAGAAUCACCAGAUCGGAGGUUACGUAAUGAGUGCAAAUGUGACCAGCUUGAGUCCCGGAAGUGUGGUCCUCGCUGUAGCGGUCGGUGUAUCGGGUGAGAUCGGGAUGACACUGUCCCAGGAAGCUACAAACACCACAUCAGCCUUCGACGUUCAGCUAGCAGUAGCGAAUCUGGUAUCUACCUCCAUCAACGAUGCUGUUACGACUACUCUUUCAAAUAACACUCAACUUGGAUCGUCAAAUGUUGAGGUUGAAAUCUUACAAGUACUUGUUCCAGUUACGGACGGUGGCACAGAUCUCCCAAAUGAAGUAACACCAGGUGGGUCUUGCGUUGACGGCUUUUUCCGCUGCUCUGACGGUCAAUGCAUCCGUGAAUCGUUACGAUGUGAUUACCGGGAUGAUUGUUUUACAGGGGAGGAUGAGCAACUGUGUGGAGAGUGCACCAGUGACCAAUUUGAAUGCGGAAACGGCAAAUGCAUACCGGAGUACUUUGUAUGUGAUUAUUAUCCUGAAUGCCAAGAUUUUGAAGAUGAAAUUGGAUGCGGACAAGGGGAGAUAGUAAACAUCACCCUUGUUCAAGGGACACCGGUGCUCGUCCAGCCCCCAUCCUACCCCAACCCGUAUCCUGCUCUUGAGAACAGUUACUGGGCUAUCACCACGGAGGACCCUGACCUCAUCAUCGGAUACACUUUCAUCGAUUUCGAAUUUAGACUAGGAGCCGUCUUGAACUUUGAAAACGGAACAGAUCUGAGUCACCCCGUGAACGAUUUGACGAGUUACUAUUACCGCUCCCAACCAGAAGGUUUCUUUGCUCUACAAACCAAUGAGGUGUUUAUGUUCUUCUAUCCCGGAAAGUACCCCGGAGGGCGUGGCUUCCAAAUUGAACUCAAUGCUAUUGAACCGUCCACUUUCACACCAGCACCUUGCGCAGAUGGACAAUUCCAAUGCACCAGCGAUGGAGAAUGUAUUCCCGGCUACUGGCAGUGUGAUUAUUUUGUUGAUUGCGCAGAUGAAUCAGACGAGGAUUUCCAAGUUUGCGCCAAUCUGCCACCUCCAGGAGAGUGUGUGGAAGGGAACCAUCAGUACCAGUGCAGCGACGGUUCAUGCAUCCACAAUGCCUGGAAAUGUGAUUGGUAUGAAGACUGCCUCGGAGGAGAGGAUGAGUUAAACUGCUGUGACCAAAGUAAUACAUUUCAAUGUGGACCCACUGACAGGUGCAUUCCAGACUUCUGGGUCUGCAACUGGUUCAUUGACUGUGAAAACGGGGCCGACGAAGCAUCAUGUGGGGGGCCAGACUCUACAGAUGCAAGGUUUUUAAGCCCUGGGGAAUCUUUUAACUUUACUUCGCCCAACUAUCCAAAUGAAUUUGGAGCCAAUGUGUACUAUCUUUUCACCUUCGAGACAAGUCAAAGCUAUCAAAUUCAGAUUGAUGUCUAUCAAUUUUCCACUGCCGUCGGAGGGUUCACAACUAUUGGUGAUGGGCUCGAUCCGACCAAUCGCAACUCUGCUCUUGCCAAUCUGAACCACUUUACCCAAGUCCCAACCGCCUCACCAAUAAGAAUUACGUCGACUUCGUAUACACUCUGGCUGGAGAUUCACGGAGGCCCGUAUGGAUUUGAUGUGUUGUAUGCAUCGGCAACCUCGAUACCACUUAGUACCGUUAUUCCUACUAUCAUACCUGGGGUAUCCAUUGGUGAUGUGAAUAUCGAAAUGACAGCCACCCUGAAUGGAGUUGAUUUUAUGCCAGAGUUUAAUGACCCUUCAUCUACUGAAUACAUGGAGUUUGUGACCAAGGCAGAAGCCGAGAUUAUGAACGGGCUACAGAAUCACCAGAUCGGAGGUUACGUAAUGAGUGCAAAUGUGACCAGCUUGAGUCCCGGAAGCGUGGUCAUGGGUGUAGCGGUCGGUGUAUCGGGUGAGGUCGGGAUGACACUGUCCCAGGAAGCUACCAACACCACAUCAGCCUUCGACGUUCAGCUAGCAGUAGCGAAUCUGGUAUCUACCUCCAUCAACGAUGCUGUUACGACUACUCUUUCAAAUAACACUCUACUUGGAUCGUCAAAUGUUGAGGUUGAAAUCUUACAAGUACUUGUUCCAGUUACGGACGGUGGCACAGACCUCCCAAGUGAAGUAACACCAGGUGGGUCUUGCGUUGACGGCUUUUUCCGCUGCUCUGACGGUCAAUGCAUCCGUGAAUCGUUACGAUGUGAUUACCGGGAUGAUUGUUUUACAGGGGAGGAUGAGCAACUGUGUGGAGAGUGCACCAGUGACCAAUUUGAAUGCGGAAACGGCAAAUGCAUACCGGAGUACUUUGUAUGUGAUUAUUAUCCUGAAUGCCAAGAUUUUGAAGAUGAAAUUGGAUGCGGACAAGGGGAAAUAGUAAACAUCACCGUUGUUCAAGGGACACCGGUGCUCGUCCAGCCCCCAUCCUACCCCAACCCGUAUCCUGCUCUUGAGAACAGUUACUGGGCUAUCACCACGGAGGACCCUGACCUCAUCAUCGGAUACACUUUCAUCGAUUUCGAAUUUAGACUAGGAGCCGUCUUGAACUUUGAAAAUGGAACAGAUCUGAGUCACCCCGUGAACGAUUUGACGAGUUACUAUUACCGCUCCCAACCAGAAGGUUUCUUUGCUCUACAAACCAAUGAGGUGUUUAUGUUCUUCUAUCCCGGAAAGUACCCCGGAGGGCGUGGCUUCCAAAUUGAACUCAAUGCUAUUGAACCGUCCACUUUCACACCAGCACCUUGCGCAGAUGGACAAUUCCAAUGCGCCAGCGAUGGAGAAUGUAUUCCCGGCUACUGGCUGUGUGAUUAUUUUGUUGAUUGCGCAGAUGAAUCAGACGAGGAUUUCCAAGUUUGCGCCAAUCUGCCGCCUCCAGGAGAGUGUGUGGAAGGGAACCAUCAGUACCAAUGCAGCGACGGUUCGUGCAUCCACAAUGCCUGGAAAUGUGAUUGGUAUGAAGACUGCCUCGGAGGAGAGGAUGAGUUAAACUGCUGUGACCAAAGUAAUACAUUUCAAUGUGGACCCAACGACAGGUGCAUUCCAGACUUCUGGGUCUGCAACUGGUUCAUUGACUGUGAAAACGGGGCAGAUGAAACAUCAUGUGGGGGGCCAGACUCUACAGAUGCAAGGUUUUUAAGCCCUGGGGAAUCUUUUAACUUUACAUCGCCCAACUAUCCAAAUGAAUAUGGAGCCAAUGUGUACUAUCUUUUCACCUUCGAGACCAGUCAAAGCUAUCGAAUUCAGAUUGAUGUCUAUCAAUAUUCCACUGCCGUCGGAGGGUUCACAACUAUUGGCGAUGGGCUCGAUCCGACCAAUCGCAACUCGGCUCUUGCCAAUUUGAACCACUUUACCCAAGUCCCAACCGCCUCACCAAUAAGAAUUACGUCGACUUCGUAUACACUCUGGCUGGAGAUUCAUGGAGGCCCGUAUGGAUUCGAUGUGUUGUAUGCAUCAGCAACCUCAAUACCGCUUGGUACCGUUAUUCCUACUAUCAUACCUGGGGUAUCCAUUGGUGAUGUGAAUAUCGAAAUGACUGCCACCUUGAAUGGAGUUGAUUUUAUGCCAGAGUUUAAUGACCCUUCAUCUACUGAAUACAUGGAGUUUGUGAGCAAGGCAGAAGCCGAGAUCAUGAACGGGCUACAGAAUCACCAGAUCGGAGGUUACGUAAUGAGUGCAAAUGUGACCAGCUUGAGUCCCGGAAGUGUGGUCAUGGGUGUAGCAGUCGGUGUAUCGGGUGAGAUCGGGAUGACACUGUCCCAGGAAGCUACAAACACCACAUCAGCCUUCGACAUUCAGCUAGCAGUAGCGAAUCUGGUAUCUACCUCCAUCAACGAUGCUGUUACGACUACUCUUUCAAAUAACACUCAACUUGGAUCGUCAAAUGUUGAGGUUGAAAUCUUACGAGUACUUGUUCCAGUUACGGACGGUGACACAGUUCUCCCAAAUGAAGUAACACCAGGUGGGCCUUGCGAUGACGGUUUUUUCCGCUGCUCUGACGGUCAAUGCAUCCGUGAAUCGUUACGAUGUGAUUACCGGGAUGAUUGUUUUACAGGGGAGGAUGAGCAACUGUGUGGAGAGUGCACCAGUGACCAAUUUGAAUGCGAUAACGGCAAAUGCAUACCGGAGUACUUUGUAUGUGAUUAUUAUCCUCAAUGCCAAUAUUUUGAAGAUGAGAUUGGAUGCGGACAAGGGGAGAUAGUAAACAUCACCCUUGUUCAAGGGACACCGGUGCUCGUCCAGCCCCCAUCCUACCCCAACCCGUACCCUGCUCUUGAGAACCAUUACUGGGCUAUCACCACGGAAGACCCUGACCUCAUCAUUGGAUACACUUUCAUCGAUAUCGAUUUGAGACUAUUAGCCGUCGUGAACUUUGAAAACGGAACAGAUCUGAGUCACCCCAUGAACGAUUUGGUAGGUUACCAUUACCGCUUCCAACCAGAAGGUUCCUUUGCUCUACAAACCAAUGAGGCGUUUAUGUUCUUCUUUCCCGGACCGUACCCUGGAGGGCGUGGCUUCCAAAUUGAACUCAAUGCUAUUGAACCGUCCACUUUCACACCAGCACCUUGCGUAGAUGGACAAUUCCAAUGCGCCAGCGAUGGAGAAUGUAUUCCCAGCUACUGGCUGUGUGAUUAUAUUGUUGAUUGCGCAGAUGAAUCAGACGAGGAUUUCCAAGUUUGCGCCAAUCUGCCGCCUCCAGGAGAGUGUGUGGAAGGGAACCAUCAGUACCAGUGCAGCGACGGUUCAUGCAUCCACAAUGCCUGGAAAUGUGAUUGGUAUGAAGACUGCCUCGGAGGAGAGGAUGAGUUAAACUGCUGUGACCAAAGUAAUACAUUUCAAUGUGGACCCAACGACAGGUGCAUUCCAGACUUCUGGGUCUGCAACUGGUUCUUAGACUGUGAAAACGGGGCCGACGAAGCAUCAUGUGGGGGGCCAGACUCUACAGAUGCAAGGUUUUUAAGCCCUGGGGAAUCUUUUAACUUUACUUCGCCCAACUAUCCAAAUGAAUAUGGAGCCAAUGUGUACUAUCUUUUCACCUUCGAGACCAGUGAAAGCUAUCAAAUUCAGAUUGAUGUCUAUCAAUUUUCCACUGCCGUCGGAGGGUUCACAACUAUUGGCGAUGGGCUCGAUCCGACCAAUCGCAACUCUGCUCUUGCUAAUCUGAACCACUUUACCCAAGUCCCAACCGCCUCACCAAUAAGAGUUACGUCGACUUCGUAUACACUCUGGUUGGAGAUUCACGGAGGCCCGUAUGGAUUCGAUGUGUUGUAUGCAUCGGCAACCUCAAUACCGCUUAUUUGUGAAGCGGAUGAGUACAUAUGCCCUGGUUACUGCAUUCCUGGUGAUUUUGAGUGUGAUUUCUGGCAUGACUGUCUAAACGGAGAGGAUGAGAUGGGGUGUGGUCAUGAAGAAAGGAUAGAUGAAUACACCCUUGACCUGGACAGUUCUCAGGUAUUCACGUCACCGAACUACUCCUCCCCUUACGUGGGUGACCAUGGGCUGUACUACUGGUCGUUCGAUGGUUCGGCCGUCGAAGGCGAUUACAUCAUCCGGUUCACCUUCCACCCCUACAACAUCAGUGCUUCAUCGUACAUCGCCUUCGGCAGCGGCCUGGACUUCACCAACCAAAGCUCUUUCUACGCUGUGUAUGGAGGACAGGAAGAUCUUGAUCUCCAUCAUCAUUACUCCGCGGAGAACCAGGCGUGGGUGGAGUUCUACGCCGGCGGGGAAAGCACUUCCUAUCCCGGUUUCUCUGCUACAGCUGAACUCAUUUUGCGUUCGGACCAAUGUGCUGAAAACCAGUUCCAAUGCCCCGACUUAACGUGUAUACCUCUAUUCUACCAAUGUGACUUUUAUCCUGAUUGUGUUCCUGGCUAUACUGAUGAACUUCUUUGCCCGCAUCCUCCCGUUGUUCACCAGGAGAUUUUCGUGGAAACUUCCUACGACUUCACGUCUCCGCUUUAUCCUGCAAACUAUCCCGGCAACACCACGUUCUUCCCCUACACCUUCUCAUCCCCCGACCCAAGCAAGCAUAUCAUGUUUGAGUUCUCCGUCUUCCAAGUCGGCAUCGGCGGCGCUCUCUCGUUCGGGACGGGGCACGAUUAUUUCGACUUCCCGUCGACUUUCGACGUGUUCCACUCGAACUUGGCUCCUACGACUGUGUAUGCACAAUCGGACCAGGUGUGGGUGGAAUUCUUUUCCGGAUUCACCGACGGUCAGGGAUUCCACGCGACCGUCUCGACUUAUCCUGCUGGUCUCAUCCCUCCCAUGGUGGUCUGUGAUUCUAGCCAAUGGGCAUGUCAGGAUGGACUGUACUGUAUUCCACUACGCUAUCGAUGUGAUGGUCAUCGGGACUGUCCUUCCAACGGAGAAGACGAACAUGGAUGUCCUAAUUCAACCUGCAGGGAGUACCAGUUUGAAUGUAAGAAUGGUGAAUGCCUUCCUGAGCAUUUCCAGUGUGACUUCCGUGAGCAGUGCUCAGAAGGAGAAGAUGAAAUAGGCUGCGGACAUCAAGGAGAAUGCACGGAUCAGCAGUUCCAAUGUACUAACGGCACAUGCAUCCCUGGCCAUCUGAGAUGUAAUUACUUUGUAGAUUGCCUUGAUGGGUCUGACGAGAGUCAAGCAGAAUGUGGACCCUGCAAUGAACUGGAUUCCUAUACUUGCAAAGCUGGUAACUGUAUCCCUAUCUACUGGCAGUGUAAUUUCUACCUAGACUGUUACGAUGGCGAUGAUGAAAUGCAAUGCCAUUUCCUCAAUGAUGCAACCAACAUCACAUUGGCGAUGGGUGAACAAGCCAACAUCACCUCCCAGAACUGGCCCGACUCGGCCGACCCGGCCAUCUACCAACUCUGGCAUAUCACCGCGCCCGAGGGUGCGUUGAUCCACAUUGACUUCGUUGAUUCGGACUUUGGCGUCCAGUCCUUUAUCAUCUUCUCCGACGGCCACAUGGUGGGUGAUCAUUCCUACGAAUGGGCCUUCUAUAGCUACCGGUUCAAUCCCGAAACGCUUCUCUCUCGCAAUAACACCAUGUCGGUCCAGUAUUUCAGUGGAGCCUACGUCGGAACCCGCGGCUUCUUCAUCACGAUGACGGCAGUGCGUGAUGACUAUGUCCAUCCUGCGUGUCCGGACACAGCUUUUCAAUGCGCUGUUGAUUCUGAGUGCAUCGCCCGGUGGUGGUUAUGUGACGAGUAUGUUGAUUGCUCAGAUGGUGAAGAUGAAGCGAACUGCACAUACUCUACUCCAGGAGAGUGUGGUGUCCAUCCAGAUGAGUACAAAUGCGCUAACUCAGACCUAUGCUUCCCGGGUUCUUUCAGAUGUGACUACGUGUCAGAUUGCCCAGAACACGAUGAUGAAUUCAACUGUAAUUGCACAGAGAAUGAAUUCAAAUGCUUGAGGAAUGGUCAAUGUCUUCCAAACCACUUUGCAUGUGAUUUCUACUACAACUGUGGCCCCGAAGACAGAUCAGAUGAAAUCGAAGGAUGUGGAACACCAAAUACAUUAAUUACAAAGAACCUUCAACUGGAACAGCUUUACACUAUCUUAUCGACCAACUACCCAAGCCCUUACCCACCUAGAGAUUACCUGGUCUACAUCAUCUCUGCCCCUGAUGACUACGUCGUCCGUGUGAUUUUCAACGAUUUCUCCAUCGACUGGCAAGGUUUCCUCGCGUUCGGUCGCGGCGACGAUUACCACGAUCACGACCAAGCUUUUGCCGUGUACAACCAUCAUGACAAGAAUCCAGUGAAUUUCUACACACCCACCAAUCAGUUCUAUAUUGUCUUCCACGGUGGUCCCUAUGGACAAUCCACCGGUUAUAAUAUCAGUAUGAUCCCGAUAGAAAAAACAGCCACUCCAACCGUGAUCCCACCUGGUACUUGUGCACCAGGGCAGUUUGCUUGCUUUGACGGAACGUGUUACCCUGGGGUAUAUGAGUGUGAUGACAUCGUUGACUGUGAUCAAAGCGAAGAUGAGGCAAGGUGUUACGCAUCCGGAGGUACCUGUCAGUCGCAUCAAUUCACUUGUAACGAUGGUGUUUGUAUCCAUGGAGACUGGAAGUGUGAUGAUUUUGUUGACUGUGCUGGCGGAGAAGAUGAACAAGAUUGUCCAUUCAGAUGCUUACCGGGCCAGUUCCUAUGUGAGGUAACUGAAACAUGUAUUCCACAGGGAUUCACUUGCGACUACUAUCCCGACUGCGCUGAUGGUGCAGACGAGAAAAUUUGUGGUACAUGUGGAGCAGGAUUCUUCAAUUGCAGUGACGGAGCAUGCAUACCAGAGUACUACGUUUGUGACGCAUACGACGACUGUUUGACGGCGUUGGACGAGGAUAGCUGUGGCACCAUUGAGAACACUGAAUAUAUCACUCUUGGCGUCGGAGAGGAGCAAACCAUCCAAUCACCUGGCUAUCCUGAUGCCUCUGCCCACGACGCGCAUUGCUACCUUGAGUGGAUCGUCAACGUUCCCAACGGCUAUGCCAUUCACCUCGUCGUCAACGACUUCUCCAUACCUCCCGCAGCCUGGCUUCAGAUGGGUACCGGUGACGAUGCCGACAACGACACCAGUCGUUAUGCUGUUUACUAUGCCAGCACCAACCCGAGGGAGAUCGUCCUUCCUGAUAGCACCGCCUGGAUCUCGUACCACUGCGGAGCGGUCGGGUUGGCGCGAGGUUUCUCUAUUACGAUCAUGCCAACCGAUAUAACUACCCAUAACUACACUGCCUGUGAAGCGGGUGAAUUCCAGUGCAACGAUGGCCACUGUAUCCCGGCUCAUUAUCUCUGUGAUGAUUUCAAGGAUUGUUCACAAGAAGAGGAUGAGAACCAUCUCUUGGGUCGUGUAAACUGCUCGUCGUUUAAUCACUAUGAGUGUGGAACCUUUGCUACAGAGUCACAAUAUGAAUGCCCAUCCGGAGCUUGUAUUCAUUCUGACUGGAGAUGUGAUGGGGAUUUUGAUUGUCCAUCAGGCGCAGACGAAACAAUGUGCGGACCUUGUCAAGAGACAGAGUUUGAGUGCCCUCUCCAACAGUGCAUCUCAGGAAAUUACAGAUGUAAUUUCUUCCCGGAUUGCCUGGAUGGCUUCGAUGAUGAACUCAACUGUGGAACACCAGAUACUACAACUUACAUCUACCUUAGACAGAACAGCACAAACAUAACGUCAGUAAACUACCCCUAUGACUACGAUUCAAACGAGAAUUACGAGAUAAUCGUUAGUGUCGAUCCGGGGCGAGCGAUCCACGUUAUCUUCUACGACAUCAAUCUCAGUCUUGACACCUACUUGGCUUUUGGGCAUGGUAGCGAUCCAGAGGAUUUUGACAAUCUUUUUGAGUCGUAUUCUCAUCAUUCAACCGUGCCCUCCGAGUUCAAUUCAAUCACCAACGAGAUGUUUAUCAAAUUUCACACUGGGCGGUAUGGAGGAAUGGCCGGCUAUUUGAUAGGAUUAGAAGAUGUAGAUCCAACAGAUACAACCUUUGCACCAUGUCCUGAAGGACAAUUCCAAUGUCCCGGUGACGGGGCAUGUAUACCCCUCAUUUGGGAAUGCGAUGGUACAGCUGAUUGCGGGUUCGCCGGAGAUGAAAUCAACUGCCAAGUCCCAGAAGGCGAACUCUGUCAGGAGCAUCACUUCACGUGCAAUAACUCGCAGUGCAUCCGUGCCAGUUGGGAAUGUGACGACGUUGAAGACUGUUCUGAUGGUAGUGACGAGGAAAACUGCCCUUUCUUGGGGUGUGGCGAUUCUCCAUUUCUGUUUGAAUGUUCCGCCAGCCAGCAAUGCAUCUCUGACUUUCGAACAUGUAACCACUUGGCAGACUGUGACUUGGGCGAAGAUGAGGCUGGUUGUGGUGACUGUCAAGAUGGCUUCUUUACGUGUUCCAAUGGAGGCUGUGUUCCAGGGUACUGGCGCUGCGAUGGGGAUAACGAUUGCUUUGAUGGUGGCGAUGAGAGGAACUGUGGUGUCAUCGGAACUAUCGAGAGCAUCGUUCUAACUCAGGGUGAGACACAGCAAGUCACCUCGCCGGGCUUCCCGAUGCGCUAUGAUUCCCUCUGCUACGUCGGUUGGCAAGUCUCCGUUCCGGCCGAUCGUUACGUGCGCUUUGAGUUCCUGGGCUUCGAUCUUGCUCUGGCAUCGUAUGUCACCGUGGGAACAGGCCUCAACCAUAGUGACCAUGACACGAUCGUCGCUGAAUUCCAUCACAACCACGAGCCCAGGCAGUAUGUCGUCCAAAGCAACGAGGCCUGGCUUGAAUUUCACUGCGGACCGUUCGGAGGUGGAGACGGGUUCCAGAUUACUAUAUCAGCCGUUGAUCCAGACACUUACAUCUACCCAACUUGCCCUAGCACUGAGUUUCAGUGUUCUGACGGGAAUUGCAUCGAGACCUUUGACCUUUGUAAUGGAGUAAAGGAUUGUUUGGGAGGAGAAGACGAAGAUCAAGACUGCGAUAAUUUCGAUCACUCUGAAUGCGGUACCAAUGAUGACAAAUUCGUGUGUCAUACACCGCUUGGUCCCUAUUGCAUCUAUCCACAGUACAGGUGUAAUGGGUUACGGGAUUGUUUCUACAGUGAGGAUGAAACAGAUUGCGAAUGUCAGGAAAAUGAAUUCCAGUGCGUUGUGACAAAGCGUUGUAUCAAUGCUAAGUACUACUGUGAUAACUUCCAGGAUUGUUCCCUUCCCGGUAUUGAGGAUAGAUCCGACGAGAUGGGCUGCGCCAAUUUAAACAACACAGUGAGUUACAACUUGACCACUCCUAUAAACAUCACAUCACCCAACUAUCCCGGAGACUACCCGAAGAACGAUUACACCUUGACACUUGUCACCGCGCCAGAAGGAAUGAACGUACGGGCACGAAUUUUAGAUCUCGCCAUCAGUCACUCCACGUUCAUCGUCUUCUUGAACGGCCAUGAUGCGGAGCCAGGAAAUUCCAAUGUCAUCGCGUCGUUGGAGUUCGGCGAUGACGAAACGGAGGUACUUUCGGAUGGGAAUAUGAUGGCGAUUAAAUUCUACUCUGGUUUCUAUGCGCAAGCACGUGGUUACCUCAUAGAGCUUUCGUACAUGGAAGAAACGACAUGUGCUCCUGAUGAGUUCACAUGUGAAGGAGGGGAAUGUAUUGAUUACAGGGAUGUGUGCGAUCUUUUCCUGCAUUGCCCAAGUUUUUCUGAUGAAAACAGUUGUCAAGUCCCAGCUGGAGAUCAAUGUCAUCCAUCUCUUUUCACAUGUAACAAUGGGAGGUGUAUAACCAUGGAGUGGAGAUGCGACGAUAUCAUGGACUGCUCGGAAGCCGAAGAUGAAGCAAACUGCCCGGAUAUAUAAAUCGCUGUUUUCAUCGGGGUCUAGUCGCGCAAAUCUUAGCGACUAGCGUAUGAUCGAUUUUUUUUUUCAUGCAAUGAUUUCACAAUUGAUCAUACGAUUCUUUUCCAUGAUCGAUUUCCACAAUUGAUGGUAUGAUUUAAUUUCAGAAUUGAUCAUAUGAACAAUUUUCACAAUUCAUUGUGCAAUUGGAUUCCAAAAUUGAUCAUAUGAAUAAUUUUCACAAUUCAUUGUGCAAUUGGAUUCCAAAAUUGAUCAUAUGAAUAAUUGUCACAAGUCAUUGUGCGAUUGAAUUUCACUAUUGAUCUUUGAUUAAUUUCGAAAAGGUCAGAAAAGCUCAGAACGACAUCAAAGUACAAGAGGUCUUUCUCUGAAAAGCCCCCCCCCCCCCUCCCCGAGAAACUGUACUAGCAGUGAUGAAACUAAUGGAAAAGUAUUCAUUGUAAAUAAUGAAGUAAUAACAAUUAACCUGAAGAAUAUAGUGAUAUUGUUCAUAAUGAAAUACUAUAAUGCUAUAAUGAGAAUAAUCGUGAAGAAUAUAUUAAUAUUUUUUUUAAUAUGACAAUGAUAAUGAUUUAAAAAAAUUGUAUUGAUGAUGAUAAUGAUAUGCAUGUAAUAUCAAUGCCCAUUAUUUUACCGAUGAAUAGUUCUACAUUGUGAACUAAAAUAAUAUGAACGUCUGGGACCCGUCUUACAAAGAAUUAUGAUUGAUCCAAUCCAUCAGUGUCAUAGUUUUUUUUUCAGGAAAAUUUGCAAAAUG